AUGGUCGGCAUUGACGGUGGCAUACAAAGAGUAAAUGCUCCAGCAUUUAUGCAUUCACCCAUGCCGGCGUAUACAGCAAAGGCUUGGAUGUUAGGAACAGCUGGACCUCUGCCACUGAUAGAGAGAACGCAGCACCUGCAACCACCCAACCAGCGCCAUAGCUUUAUGUCAGCUGUUGUAAAGUCACUUUCCUCUGUGCCAUACAUGUAUGGCAGAUUUUGGGAAGGAGUUAAAAAUGUAUACAUACACUUGUUCAAAGGAGAGGACAUUCCAGGAGAUGUCACCACAGAAACUUCCAGUAAGAAAUCUGAAGAAAACAUCACGUUAUCCCUAAAUUAUAAAGAAGAGGAUGACAAUAUCGUGCAGUGGCCUUCUGAAGGAAACCUCAUUACCCUUAAUAUACAUCCACGACUUAACAGGACCAACCUAUCCUAUAAUCCCCCUAAUCGUGAGGAACGGUCUCCUGACCAAUCAAAGUUAGUUGCCACAAGCAUCAGGCAGAAAGGGGUUAAAAGGUUUCAAUGUGGUGAAGUGUUUAAAGAAAGCUCAGGUCUUUGUACACACAGGAGAAUUUACACAAGGAAGAAGCCAUACUCCUGUUUAGAAUGUGGGAAGUGCUUUACACAUAAUUCAAAUCUUCUUAGACAUCAGAGAAUUCACACAGGAGAGAAGCAAUUUUCAUGUUCAGAAUGUGGGAAGUGCUUUACAUAUAAAUCACACCUUGUUAUCCAUGAGAGAACUCAUACAGGAGAGAAGCCAUAUUCAUGUUCAGAAUGUGGGAAAUGUUUUACAGAUAUAUCAAAUCUUGUUAAACAUCAGAGAAAUCACACAGGAGAGAAACCAUAUUCAUGUUCAGAAUGCGGGAAAUGUUUUACAUAUAAAUCUAGUUUAGCUAAACAUGAGAGAAGUCAUACAGGAGAGAAGCCAUUUUCAUGUUCAGAAUGUGGGAAGUGCUUUCCAUAUAAAUCACACCUUGUUAUUCAUGAGAGAACUCAUACAGGAGAGAAACCCUAUUCAUGUUCAGAAUGCGGGAAGUGUUUUACAUAUAAAUCUAGCUUAGCUAAACAUAAGCGAAUUCACACAGGAGAGAAGCCAUAUUCAUGUUCUGAAUGUGGGAAGUUCUUUUCACAUAAAUCAAAUCUUGAUCUUCAUGUAAAAAUUCACACAGGAGAGAAGCCAUAUUCAUGUUCAGAAUGUGGGAAAUGUUUUAUAGGUAAAUCAAGUCUUCUUAAACAUGAGCGAAUUCACACUGGAGAGAAGCCAUAUUCAUGUUCCGAAUGUGGGAAAAGUUAUGCAAAUAAAUCGCAUCUUAUUACACAUGAGAGAAUUCACACAGGAGAGAAACCAUAUUCAUGUUCAGAAUGUGGGAAAUGUUUUACACAGAAAUCACAUCUUAUUAAACAUGAGAGACGUCACAAAGGAGAGAAGCCAUAUUCUUGUCCAGAGUGUGGGAAAUGUUUUACAGAUGAAUCAAGUCUUGUUAGACAUAAGAGAAUUCACACAGGAGAAAAACCAUAUUCAUGUUCAGAAUGCGGGAAAUGUUUUACAGAUGAAUCAAGUCUUAUUAGACAUGAUAGAAGUCAUACAGGAGAGAAGCCAUAUUCAUGUUCACAAUGUGAGAAAAUUUUUACGCACAAAUCAAGUCUUGUUACACAUGAGAGAAUUCACACAGGAGAGAAGCCGUAUUCAUGUUCACAAUGUGGGAAAUGUUUUAUAGAUGAAUCAAAUCUUUUUAGACAUGAGAAAAGUCACAAAGUAGAGAAACAGUAUUCCUGUUCAGAAUGUGGUAAAUCUUUUACACAGAAAUCACAUCUUAUUAGACAUGAGAGAAUUCACACAGGUGAGAAACCAUAUUCAUGUUCAGAAUGUGGAAAAUGUUUUGCAGAUAAAAAAAAUCUUGUUACACAUGGCAGAAGUCACACAGGAGAGAAACCAUAUUCAUGUUUAGAAUGUGGGAAAUGUUUUAUAGGUGAAUCAAAUCUUGUUAGACAUGAAAGAAGUCACACAGGAGAGAAACCGUAUUCAUGUUCAGAAUGUCAGAAAUCUUUCACACAGAAAUCACAUCUUAUUAGACAUGAGAGAAUUCAUACAGGAGAGAAACCAUUUUCGUGUUCAGAAUGUGGGAAAUGUUUUGCAGACAAAACAAAUCUUGUUAUACAUGGCAGAAGUCACACGGGAGAGAAACCAUAUUCAUGUUCACAAUGUGGGAAAUGUUUUGCAGACAGAUCAAAUCUUGUUACGCAUGAGAGAAUUCACAAAGUAGAGAAACUAUACAAUGAAUGUGGGAAAUGCUUUAAAGAUAAAUCAACAUUUGUUACACAUAAGAGAAGUCACACAGAAAAUAAAUCGUUUUGACUUUUUAUAUGUGAAAAAUGCUUUGUAGGUGCAAUGUCCUUACUGCAAGUGUUAAUGUCACUGUAUUUUGUGCAUUAUAUGUCCCGUAGGCUGUAUAUUGAGAGAGAUAGGGGGACUUCCUAGCUACUGUUGCUAGGUAGGGCUGGCACUAUCCCUUCCUUUCUAGGAUGAACUGAAGUUCAACCUAGUGUGAGCUGCAGAUAAAAAACAGCUAAGGAGCAGAACUGACAGGGAGAACCUCUCACCUUAUGGAUUAAAAAGCAGCACAUUGACAAUAUAUGUGCCAGUUAUUAAAAAACUGCAGAAAGCUAAUCAGCCAUAUAAUGAGGAUUGCAGAUAAUUUUUAGAGAAAGGUAAUGCACUUCUAUCAAGGUUACAGAUUUCUCUGCAUAUUGGUGGGAACAAUAAACUCCAGGCUCCCCGUUAUAACAAAAGGACUGAAAGGGCCCUCUUUUCAUAGGCUGUAUUCCUUUGUGGAU